AGCCGACAGCGGGGGCGGGCGGGGCCGUCCGGCUCCGCAGAGCGGCGCAGGCGCGCCAGGGCCGCGCCGAGGCGAGCCCCUCCUGCUCCCUGUCGGAGUCAAAAUGGCGACGGGGGGAACCUGGAGUGGUCCCGGAGCCUAAACCACUGACAGGAGAGGGAAGGGCGGCGGCGGCGGCGGCGGCGGCUGGAGGAGAAUGGCCGCGGGGGCUGGCGCCAGUGCGGGCGGCGGCGCUGGGGGCGGCGGCGGCGGAGGCGACGGCAGCGGUCCCAGCAGCAGUCGCGGCGGGAGGAGCCUCCGAGAAAUGGAUGAAAAGAGGCUGCUGGAUCCAGGGUUGAAGGUUCGUAAAGGCCUCUGGGAUUACCCUCUGAAGAACCAGCAGAUGGAAUGCCGGAGUAACUGAAGAAAAUGGGUGCUAAUGCAUCUAAUUAUCCUCAUUCAUGUUCCCCAAGGGUAGGGGGAAAUUCACAGGCCCAGCAGACUUUUAUAGGAACAUCUUCCUAUUCUCAGCAAGGCUAUGGUUGUGAGCCAAAGUUGUAUAGCCUUGACCAUGGCCAUGAGAAACCACAAGACAAAAAAAAGAGAACCUCUGGCCUUGCCACUCUCAAAAAGAAGUUUAUUAAACGCCGAAAAUCUAAUAGAUCGGCUGAUCACGCCAAGCAGAUGCGAGAACUCCUCUCUGGGUGGGAUGUUAGAGAUGUCAAUGCACUAGUGGAAGAAUAUGAGGGAACUUCAGCCUUAAAGGAGCUUUCUCUGCAAGCCAGUUUGGCUAGACCGGAAGCUCGGACACUGCAGAAGGACAUGGCUGACCUUUAUGAGUAUAAGUACUGUACUGACGUGGACUUAAUAUUUCAAGAAACUUGUUUUCCUGUUCAUCGUGCCAUUUUGGCAGCAAGGUGUCCAUUUUUUAAAACACUGCUUUCUUCUUCACCUGAGUAUGGGGCAGAGAUAAUUAUGGACAUCAGUACAGCUGGCAUUGAUAUGCCCAUGUUUUCUGCCUUGUUACACUACCUUUAUACAGGAGAAUUUGGAAUGGAGGACUCAAGAUUUCAGAAUGUCGAUAUUCUUGUUCAGCUUAGUGAAGAAUUUGGAACACCAAAUUCCCUUGAUGUAGAUAUGCGUGGACUCUUUGAUUACAUGUGUUAUUAUGAUGUUGUCCUUAGUUUUUCUUCAGAUUCUGAACUAGUUGAAGCUUUUGGUGGAAAUCAGAACUGUUUAGAUGAAGAGCUCAAAGCCCACAAGGCUAUUAUUUCUGCACGGUCCCCAUUUUUCCGAAAUUUAUUACAAAGGAGAAUACGGACUGGUGAAGAAAUCACAGACCGAACUUUGAGAACUCCCACAAGAAUUAUAUUAGAUGAGUCCAUUAUACCAAAAAAAUAUGCAAAAGUGAUAUUACACUGUAUGUAUACCGACAUGGUGGACCUCUCUGUUUUGCACUGUAGCCCCUCUGUGGGGAGUCUCAGUGAAGUUCAGGCUCUCGUCGCAGGGAAGCCAAACAUGACCAGGGCAGAAGAAGCCAUGGAACUUUACCACAUAGCACUGUUCUUGGAAUUUAACAUGCUUGCACAAGGCUGUGAGGAUAUCAUUGCUGAGAGCAUCUCAUUAGAUACCUUAAUUGCCAUCCUCAAGUGGAGCUCGCAUCCAUAUGGUUCUAAGUGGGUGCACCGACAAGCUUUGCAUUUCCUUUGUGAGGAAUUAUCCCAGGUGAUGACUUCGGAUGUUUUUUAUGAACUCAGCAAAGACCAUCUGCUUACUGCUAUCCAGUCUGACUACCUACAGGCAAGUGAACAAGAUAUCCUUAAAUAUCUGAUUAAAUGGGGUGAACAUCAGUUGAUGAAGAGAAUAGCAGACAGAGAGCCAAACUUACUGAGUGGCACUGCACAUAGUGUGAACAAAAGAGGUGUGAAGAGAAGAGACUUGGACAUAGAAGAACUUAGAGAGAUCCUUUCUUCUCUCUUGCCUUUUGUGCGAAUUGAACACAUCUUACCUAUAAACAGCGAGGUCUUAAGUGAUGCAAUGAAAAGAGGCUUGAUCAGUACACCUCCAUCCGAUAUGCUUCCUACAACAGAGGGGGGGAAGUCGAAUGCCUGGCUUCGGCAGAAAAAUGCUGGCAUAUAUGUUCGUCCUCGGCUGUUUUCUCCCUAUGUGGAAGAAGCGAAGUCAGUGCUGGAUGAGAUGAUGGUGGAGCAGACAGAUCUGGUGCGACUGCGAAUGGUGCGCAUGUCCAACGUCCCAGACACACUCUACAUGGUCAGCAAUGCCAUGCCCCAGUGCUGCCACAUGAUCAGCCACCAGCAGAUCAGCAGUAACCAGUCGAGCCCUCCAUCAGUUGUAGCCAAUGAAAUCCCAGUUCCUCGUCUCCUCAUUAUGAAGGAUAUGGUGAGGCGCCUGCAGGAACUGCGGCACACAGAGCAGGUACAGAGAGCCUAUGCACUGAACUGUGGGGAAGGUGCCACCGUCAGCUAUGAAAUCCAGAUCCGAGUGCUCAGAGAGUUUGGUCUGGCAGAUGCCGCUGCAGAGCUCCUGCAGAAUCCUCACAAGUUCUUUCCUGAUGAACGAUUUGGAGAUGAAAGUCCGCUCUUAACAAUGAGGCAGCCUGGGAGAUGCCGUGUCAACAGUACCCCUACUGCAGAAACCAUGUUUACAGACCUGGACUCUUUCGUGGCCUUCCAUCCACCUUUACCCCCUCCUCCCCCUCCAUACCACCCUCCAGCUACCCCAAUCCAUAACCAGCUCAAGACAGGCUGGAAACAAAGGCCUCCCAGUCAUCACCCUUCCCGUUCAUUUUCUUACCCCUGCAAUCAUUCACUGUUUCACUCUAGAACAGUUCCUAAGCCUGGCCCUCCCCCAGUCUAUGCAGGGGUUAAAGUAGCACCUCCUGACUGUACCAACACCACAGGCCUGGGGAGACAGACGGUCGCUGCUGCAGCUGCAGCUGCCGCCGCCUCAGCAGCAAUAAUAUCUGAGAAGCAAGUGUGUCCACAGCCUGUGCUGAAUGAUCUGAUGCCAGAUAUCGCCAUGGGGGUGUCUACACUGUCACUCAAGGACAGGAGGCUCCCAGAGCUUGCUGCAGACACAGAAUUAUGCCAUACAGUUUCUGAAGCAGGAACAGGGCCUCCCCAGCAUCUCUCAUGUAUUCCACAGAGACAUACACACACAUCUCGGAAAAAACACACACUAGAGCAGAAACCAGAUGGUAGAGAAAAUCAGCAGGAAUACCCAGACCUCUAUGACUUCUCAAAUGCUGCCUGCAGACCUUCCACUCCUGCUCCUGGCAGACGUUCUCCUUCCCCUUCUCAUGGUAGAUACUUUGGUCCAGACUUGUACAGCCACAAUAAGGCAUCACCAAAUGGCUUAAAGUCAGCUUACCUUCCUGGUCAGACCUCUCCUAAAAAGCAGGAAGAUACUAGGAGAGAAUAUCCACUUUCUCCCGAUGGGCAUCUACACAAGCAGAAGAAUGAGCCAAUACGUCUGGAUGUUGUUGAGCAGCCUCCCCAGAGGUCAGACUUUCCUUCGGCAGCCUCAGAAAAUACUAGUAAUGGUCCAGCCCAUGUCAGGGCACGAACUGCAGUAGAAACUGACUUGACUUUUGGGCUGACACCUAACAGACCUCCUUCCCAUUCUGCAUGUAGCUCUGAAGUUCUCGAAGAGCGAUCCAGUAGAAGACUGACAGACAGCGAAUCCCUUGGCCACGGAGCUCAGAGAAGUGCAGAUCUGGAAAGGGACGAUUCCAUUAGCAGAGGAAGGAGGUCGCCAAGCAAGCCAGACUUCCUCUACAAAAAGUCUGCCCUCUGAAGUAGCUUCCGAGUCUGUGCCUGAGAUGUGAAACAUCCUGUCUUAUGAUGUAACCCAACAACUUACUGACCAGUUUAUCGAUGCCAGCUCCGUUUCACAUUUUAUCUAGCUUUUGUGUGUAUAUAUGUUUAUUAUACAUGGCAUGCUAAGAGGGUUGUUUUGAAUGCUGCAUCUGUCUUUUGUGUUUAACAGUUGUGUGGGGAACAUCCUGAAGAGCAAGCAAGCUGGCACUUUCUCUCCUUUACAGAUGACUAACUUUUUGCACUUGUACAUUUUAUUUGUAUUGAUUUUAUAACAGUGUGUUAAACUUUAUUGCUACAUUUAAAGGACUGUAUUUUCAUACUUUUUGCAUUUUACGUAUCAUCUACCAGUUUCCAUGUGCAUUGGGUUGCACACUAAGAUGUAUUUUCUUACAAAAUUUUUGUUUAUUUUUUAAUUAUAGAAAUUCCAAAGAACAGCACAUCAAACGCUCCUCUCUUUUUUGGUGAUUGUUUCAGUUCAGAACUCUUCCUGCUCAGUCUCCAUAAAUCUGAUGUCAUUCUUUUUUGUAAGCCAGUCUUCAUUCCCCUCAGCAGAAGUCCAGGUCUCCAUGGUUUUUUGAUUCAGUAAAGAACAGGAAGGAGGAAAGCCUUGGUGUCCAGCAGUGGCUGCUGUGUACUUAGAGUGUGGGUUUUGUUGGAUCCCUGUAGAUUCUGGAGUAGAGUUACACUCACUCACAAGACUUAAGGAAAUUAGACUUUCACAUUAUGGAAACCGUAAAGCUGGGCUUGGUGUGGAUGUGCACAGCUGGAUUCCCAGCACAUAGUGGGUGGAGACAACCAGUCAGAAGUUCAAAGUCAUUUUAGGCUACAUAGUAAAUUCAAAGUUAGGCUGGGUUUGUGAGCCCUGCCUCAAAAAAACAAAAACAAAAACAAAAAAAACAAAAUGAAACAAACAAUAGCAAAGAUGGUGAUAUCACACACAAGGCACACUGAUGGGGUGCCUGGCUGUGCAUGUGAUUUGCCAUACUGGGGGAAAUGACUGCCUUUAGUUGUCUUGCAUUUGGGGGUUGGGGGGACAAAAACAAAAGGGCUCCAGUCUUAUGUAUGUCAUUUGGUAUUUGUAAUCAUGUAUUUUUUCUUAAUAUUAUCAAGUAUGUCUGGAUUUUGGUAUCUUCUACAAAGUGCUU